UUUUAUAUUAAUGUUACACUUUACUGUACAUUCAAGAUAAAGUGAUGAACUUCACAAAAUUUUGUUUUUAUCAUUUUUGUUUAAAUAUAUAAAAAUGUAGGGGAAUUUCUCUUUGAGUAGUUUGGUGAGCAGUGAUGUCAGCUGGACACUUCGGGUGUUUCUCAUCAUACGUCAUGUUUUAGCGUCAGUCACACUGCACUGAGGUCCUUCCUGUAAACAACUCUGUGUGUGUCAGAGUUGGAGCAGCCGCUACUCCUUUUUAGCUGAUGAUUUCUCCAUAUUAACAGAUUAAAGGUGCCAGAUCUCAUCGCUGUGUGGUUCUUGUGGGUGACAGUGUUUGUUCCAGACACGCUACAUUAGGACUUGUUAGGACCAGAUUUCCAUUCAAUCCACUGCAGGGUGCGGCGCUGAUACUUUAACCGUGUUUCUGUAAAGAACGUCUGGAUUAAAUAACAUGCAUUGGUGAAGUUUUUUUUUUUAAUAGCUGGAUUAACCGCAGUUUUACAAACCUGAAGAACAGAUUUAAUCUUUUUUUUAAAACUUUAUAAUCCUCCGAAUGUUCAUACCAGACAACUGGACCAGACCUGAAGACCUUCCAUCGGUAUUCACUGUUUAAUGUUGGAGAUUCUACAGACAAGAAACUUCACAGAAUCUUUAAGUGAUCAGACUAAACUAAAGAGAAAGUAAAAGCUUCCUGCAGUCACGAUGUUGCUGUAAUAUAACACUAAACAGAUGGCAGCAGGACAUUAAAUUCACACUGGAAAUGUUCUUCUGUCUCUGAGAAAAUCUGCCAACACUCCACAAGAGUCUUCCAGACAUCAUGUCCCUCCUUUAUAUUUCCAUCUUAUGGGUCUGUGCCUUUGUGGACAGUGCAGAAUCUCUGGUUACUGUAUCAGCUCCAGUGGGUUCCACAGUCAUCCUGCCGUGUACACUGACUGAAGAGUUAAAACCAACAUCAUUUAUUAAGUGGCAGCUCAAUAAAGUCCCUGUGUUUGAGAGAAGCAGUAAUGGUACAUAUUCAGGAUCAGGAUAUGAAGGACGUGUGGAUGUUCCUGUGGACGAGCUGCGUAAAGGAAACUGUUCCCUGGUGUUGAAGAAUGUCAGAUUUACUGAUGACCAAAUCUACAAAGCCAUUAGAGUGGAACAUGUGAACACUAACACUGGGGAAGCGAAAGAAAUUAACAAUGUUACACUCUCAGUCAAUGCUCUUCAGAUAUCAGCUCCAGUGGGUUCCACAGUUGUCCUGCCGUGUGAUUGGAGUCAUCUAUCCAUCAAAACUCCUUACGUUCAGUGGUUUAUUGAUACUGAGACUGUGUUUGAGCGAAAGGGUAAAGAUUCAUAUGUGGGUGAAGGAUAUGAGGGUCGUGUGGACGUUCCUGAGGACGAGCUGCUUAAAGGAAACUGUUCCCUGGUGAUGAAGAACAUCAGAGUUAAUGAUACAGGAAUCUACAGCAGCUCCAUGUUAAUUACAGACACACAGGAAUCUGUCUUGGUCCAGAAGGUUAAACUGUCUGUUGUUGAGGACAGUGUUAAUGAGAGAGGAUCUUCAUCAGAGGAUUCAGACUCAGACCAGACUGGAGGGAACAACUGGAUUAUUUUAUAUGUUGGGAUCGUAAUCAUCAUUAUCAUCAUCUGCGUGUCUGUGUACUACAGCAGGGUGAAAGGAUGGAAACGGACAUCAUCACAGUGUUCAGUACAACACAAGGUCCGACAGUGUGACGUAACCAACAGUCAACACACAAUCACAGAGUUAAUGACCAACACAAGAUGGUCUGCUCUGAUCUCAUCAUGGAUUUCAGAUCAUCUUAAACUUCAUCCCUGAGCCACUGAGCUGAUGUUCAUCUCUGGAGCUUCAUCACCAUGUCAGGAUCUUCUGAUUUACUGCAGAACUCUCAGAUCACACAUCAUGGACCAUCAGUUACUCUUCUAUCUAACCUGUCUUGGUCAUGUUAUGUUACACUAAAUAAUGAAAUGUGAACAGCAGGAAUUUUUACAUUUAUAUUUCUACUAUUUUUAUAAGAUUUUAUCCACAUCAAGACAAAAAAGAAAAACCCUACAAGGAAUUAAAUAUCAAAAGGAACAAUUACAAUAGGAACAUAAAAUAAAUAAAUAAGUAAAAUAAAAAAUAUAAAAUAAAGAUUACAUAAAAAUACACUUCAAUUAGAUAAUAUUUUGAUAAUACAGUAAUAACUGCAGCAAUUCAGUGUUCUUUAACCUUGUUUUUCUCCAAAGUUAUUCUGCUGUAAAGUCCACUUGAUCGCAGAAGUGUAGAAAGUUAGUCCAGAUUUUAUAAAAGUAAUUUAACUUCCCUUUGAUAGCAAAUGUCAGUUUUUCCAAAGCAAGGUUUAAGGACAUUUCCUUGAUCCAUUGGUUAGAAAAGGGUCUUUGAGUGUCUUUCCACUUUAAUGCAAUGACACGUUUGGCCUGUAGAAAACUAAAGUCUAUUAGUUUACAUUUUCUUGCAUUUACGACCAAAUUUAUUGGGUAUAGAUGGAAUACAUACAGUUCUGGUUCAAGAGGAACAUUAUCUCCAAUUAACUGACCGAUCAUGGUAAGAAUUUCCUUCCAAAAUAUGCGAAGCUC